CACAGCCAGCGACUGUUCGAGAAAAUUCGCCGGCGCUCGCAGUCCCCUAUAAAAAGCCACAUGUAAACAAGACAUAUGCAGUCUACGUUGUACAUAUCUGAAACGAAAUGGCUCGCUACCUUCUACCAACACAUCCUCCGGGCUUCCUGGAUGUAAUUCCGGAUGAAAUAAAGGAAGACAGUGGGGAAUUUAAGCUUCCAAUGUUUCGACACCUUGAGAAAUCCGGGCAACGAGAGCUACCAGACAGUCUAAGUGGGAGAGUGCUUAUAAUGGAAGGCAAGCACAAUAUCAAUGAAAAUGACGGGCUUCCAAUGAGGGGUAUCCAACAUUUCGAUAACAUGGACGAUCUCACAAAGAUCUAGAAAACCUAUGCAACUGACGAUCUUGAGCAGCUCUGGAGUAGAAACAUCAGCAACAAUCUUGUUAAACCCAUUUGACCUACCUUCAACUUAAUAAUCCAUGCUAUCCGAUCAAUACCUACUCAUAUAUUCAAAAUCUUCUAGUUUAGGUUACCACAGGUAGUAAGUGUGAUUGUGUUCAUGUAAUUUGUGUUGUUUAUUUUCCA